GUAAGUAUGAAAAUAAUUAUUACCUUGUUAAUUGUGAGGUUGCUGCCUUCAGCGCUAGGAUUAAAUUGUUACAUUGAGAUGUGUAUAAAUAAUCAAACAUGUUAUUCACCAACUGCAACUUCAAUGAAUAAAGUUUGUUCUGAGAAUCAAAUUUGCUUUGUUAAUGCAAUUUAUACACGUAUAAACAAUUCCAGUAUGUUUUCUACUAUUCCUGGAGUAGUUGAACGAAAAUGUUAUGUAGAUGAAGGGGUAUGUAGUUUGAAAGACAUAAAGUAUGGACCAUGUAUAAAGUCUGAUCAUGAUAUACGAUGUUAUCAAUGCUGUACAUCUGACCUCUGCAAUAAAAUGCUUCCAACUUUUAACGGAUCAAACAACAUAAAGUUCUCUAUUUUUCCUUUUGUUUUUUGUUUUGUAAACAUGAUGUUUUAAUGUUUUAAA